UCCUCUUCUCCUUUCCCCUUCUCCCCCCUCUCCGCUCGACAUGUAGAGAUCAUCUCUUUUUCCCGAGAUCGUCGAUGACUGAUCUCAAGGCGUCUGAUCUCGUCUGGGCAACGGCAAAGUGCGCCGUGGUCAUCGGCGCCGGCAGUGUGUCGGCAUGUGUGGUCGGCCAGUGCGUCUGCUCCGUCACCCGCUACUUGAUGCGCAACAGAGAGUACAAAGACCUGCCGCCCAGGAAGGGGCUCAUGCCGUUCGUGCGGGCGUUUGCGUCGGGAGAGAGCAAGGGCCAGUCCAUAGAUGGGCUGCUCGAUGACUGGCGGUAAGUGAGAAAACGAACGGGGGCAGAAGACGCAAGGCAAUGAAUAAAUCUCUGUCUGUCUGUCUGUCUGUCUGUCUGGCUGUGCCAGGGAUCCCGACCAUCCGGAUCAGUUCCUGGAGGUACGCACAUGUGUGGUGCACACGCGCAAUGGCAGCUAGGCAGAAAAGAGUCGACACCCGGCAUAGUGACCCUUGUCGGUCUGUGUUGUGUUUUGUAUCGGUCUGUCUGGCAGGUGGUGGACAUCGGUCCUGACUUCGCGGGCCGGCGAUUGGUGGGCCUCAACCAGCCGGCCGCCAUCGCCGAGGUGCUCGCAGAUCAGGACAAAUACCCCAAGGCACCAUUGAUCGAGACGCUCGUGGAGAUAGCGGGAUAUGGGUGAGGGAAUGAGCAAAGGACGGGAAGCAGGCUUGCCUGUCUGCUUGCGGACUCAUGAGUUGUGCUGGUGCUGGUGAUGGUGUUUGUUUCUGUCAGGCUGGCGACGUCUAGUGGUGCGCUGUGGCAUCGCCAGAGGAAGCUGCUAUCGCCGCUGUUCCACUUCGGCGCACUCAGGGUGGCGCACAAGUUCAUGGCGAGGAAUGCCGACAGGCUGGUGCAGCAGCUGCUGGAUGAUGCCGCCAAGAGCGCCGACGGCACGGCAACCAUAAACAGACAUCAAAUCAGGUGAGAGCAUCGGUGGGGGAUGGAUGGAUGGAUGGAUGGAUGGAUGACGUGCAGACACGCUGGAUUGUCCUCUGUGCUUUUGGCCAUGCAGCGACCUCAUGCUGCGCAUUGUCGUGGACGCGGCCUUCUCCAGAUGUGACUUCGAUGUCGAGUGGUUCUCGUGGGCGUGCCAGAAGAUCGACAACCCCAUGUACUGGCUCGGCAGACAAGUGCUGGGUAGGUCGGCAGACAGACAGGCAGGCAGCAGACAGACCAUACACACACAUAAGCAAGCCUUCAUGGGUAUUGGUCUCUUUAUGCGCCUCGUCAGGUCACGCGUGGAUGUACGUGCCCCUGCCGUCCGGCCUGGGUAUUCAGAUCCUCGUCAAGUAAACACACACGGGGACACCGACAGAGGGAGGAGGGAUACAUGCGUGUGUGUGUGUGCCAUCCGUCCGUCAGGCGUAUGCGUCGUCGGAUCAUGUGCGAAAUAGCCCACCGGCGCGGCGCUGGUGCAGCGGCCGGACUGUCGGUUGACACGAAGGACCUGCUGGACGAGCUCAUGGCUGUGGGCGACAUGCCCGACCGACAAAUCGUCGACGAGGCGCUCAUCUUCCUCAUCGCAGGUCGGUGGGCUGGGUAGCCAGGGCGCGGACAGAGUCAUGCGCAUGAUGAUUGUUGUCUAGGCCACGACACGACAAGCAACUUGGUCGCGUGGACGCUGUACUUCCUCUCAAAACACCAAGACGUCCAGGUGGGUCAUCCGACAGCACACUUGAUUGAAGUCACUGUGCAGAUGGCGGCACACACCUGGCCAUUCAUGUGUGUCCGGGAGUGUGUGUGUGUGUGUGUGUAGGGUAAGGUCCAGAGUGAGAUUGAUGAUUUGGGUGGGCGGCCCAUCACGUUCGACGAUUUGCCCAAACUGGAAUACCUCAGAUGCGUCCUCAAAGAAGUCUCGAGGUCAGUCAAUUGCAGAGCGAGAUACACGCACACACAAACAUGUCACUGGUGCCACCGACUGUGGGUGCCCUUCCCCUGCCUCCCUGCCUCCUUCCCUCUCUGUGUGUGUGUGGUGGUGCGUCCAGGGUGCGUCCGGUGGUGCCCUUCCUCGAGCGUCUUCUGAAAGUGCCACUCGAAGUCAACGGCAUCACUCUGCCCAAAGGUAGGUACCCCUUGGCUUGGCGCAGCGCACCCAUUCCGACAGACACGUGGAUGCGGCAAUUGAGGCAGACAGUGCGCGUCUCUCUCCUUGGUGCAGGCACGAUUGUCUGGCUGAACUUCAUGGCAGUGCACCACGACGCUCGCUACUGGCCGGCGCCCUCUGUGUUUCGCCCGGAGCGGUGGAUGGAGGGCACUGAGGGCACAUCGCAGCCAAUGGCACACUCACACGCAUUCCUACCAUUCGGCGCGGGCCCCAGGAACUGCAUCGGACAGAAGUUCGCCAUGUGAGCUGAGCGAUGAGAACCGAAACAUAGAAAAGGCAUGGAUGUCACGCAGCCGCUGUCUGUUGUGUCUUCUGCUGCGUCGUGGUGUGUGUGUGUCAGGCAAGAGGCGCAGGUGGUCAUCGCGUCUGUGUUGCGAUCCUUCUCGGUCAGCCUUGACGGCGAAGAUCGGGUGGUGCCGGUGCUCGCCCUCAACAUAGCACCGGCCAACCUCGCCCUGCGUGUCAGAAAGAGACGCACAUGAGCUGCUGACUGAACGGGGCAGCUCUCAUACAUACCAGCUGAGAGGGAGGGAGGGAUGAUGGGCAGCUGAGGAGGGAAUGAGGGGCACACACUGCCCAUAUCAUAUGUGGAUGGAUGGAUCUGUCUGUUGCUGUUCUUGGGUCUGUGACACUUUGUCGGUUUUUGGGUACUGUACGUGCAUCUCAGACCUCUUUUUUGGUGCUCGUUAGCUCGUUCGUCUAUCCGGACACUGCAUGUCUGCAUGUCGUUUCUGUGUGUUUAUCCUCGCCUGCCUCCUUUCUGGUGUGGUGUGGUUCUGUCUUGUCUUUGUGGACACGGGGACGGUCCGGGUUGACAACUGGCGGCUGCCUGUCUUUUCGUGUCUCUGUCUGGCUCUUUGUCGUUUUUCCAGUCGCGUGCAGCUCGGUGACCUUUUUUCGUGCAUGAGGCUCAUACUGUUGACGUCAGGAUGGAUGUCAAUCAGCGAUAUGUACCAUGUACCGAGACACAUACCCAAUUUGAAACAUUCAUUCAGCU